AAAAGCCCGGGUUUUGAAGAGCAUGGAGGAACAUGAACGCAUGAAGAGCCAGCAAGUGCAUUUAGGUUCAGUGUCCUAAACAGACAACAGAUGUGGAGAAACUUGCUACUGAAGGGCACCACCUGUGUCCUGCAGGCGGCAGACCCAAUGUUUCUCCACCAAAGACAUUUCUCAUCCCUGUGUUUGAGACUUCUCACUCACAGACUCAUUCAUAGGCCUUCUCGGGGUCCUUCUGUUCAAAGGCUGUGGGGCACACGCUAUUUUCUGGCACUAAGUGGCACCAGGACAUUAAAAAAGGAUGCCACAUCCACUGUCGAUUUCCCUGUGAGUCCCAUCACAGUCACAGAAAUCAAACAGUACAUACGCUCCAAAGAGAUUGUCUUCCACGAUGGCUACAGCUGCCUCCACAUCCCAAGCAUCUUCAUCAAUUUCUCUGACAGGAAGGACAGCUUCUCCCUAUUCAUUGACAAAACCACUGGGCAGUUUCUUUGCAAGGACACUCUGGUGGAAGGGAGCUGGGAGGAUCUUCAGGAUUGUCUGGAGGUGAUGCAGAAGGAAGAACAAGACUUUCUCAGUCCCCACGUGCUCCUGGGAUAUCCAGAGACUGUAGAGGAGCAGGAUGAGAGGGAGAGGGAACUGAGGGAGGUGCAGAGGAUCUGGUCCAGUUCUGUUCCAUUCAGUGAUGUCUCGGAGGAUGAAGCCCUGCUGAUUAAAACCAUGUUCCAGAUCACGAAAGUGUCUAAUGCAACACUCAAGAAGUUUGGUGUUAGGCUUUUUAAGCCUACCAAGAGUCUGGUCUUCCCCUGGUUUGGUGGCCCUGACUCCUCUUUGAAAGGGGUCAAGCUCCUCUCCGCGCAAAACACAGUCACUGACAAAGUCACCUAUACUGAAGCUACAGUCCCAAAGUGCGGCUCUUAUCACAACUUGUUUGGCCUCCACCUGGUGGGCCGUAUGGACUCUGAGGUAGUUCUCACUGGUAGUGAAAUGGACACUCUAGCUGUGAGUCAGGCCACAGGACUACCCAGUGUUGCUCUUCCACGUGGGGUCAGCUGCCUUCCUCCGAUUCUGCUGCCAUAUCUAGAACAGUUCAAGCGAGUGACACUGUGGCUGGGAGGAGACAUUCGCUCCUGGGAAGCGUCAAAGAUCUUUUCCCGCAAGCUCGGUCUGAGGCGCUGCUCUCUGGUGCGACCUGGAGAGUACCGGCCAUGUCCCGUAGAGGCACUGGCCCAAGGAAAAAACUUGAGUCGCAUCAUCAAAAGCUCCAUCCCAGCAGCCCAUAAGUCCAUUGUUUCAUUCAAGCAACUCAGAGAGGAUGUGUAUGGGGAGCUGCUGAACACAGACCAGGUUGCUGGAGUGAAGUGGACAAGGUUUCCAGAGCUCAACCGCAUCCUGAAGGGACACCGCAAGGGGGAGCUGACUGUGUUUACAGGUCCUACUGGCAGUGGAAAGACUACCUUCAUCAGUGAGUUUGCCCUGGACCUUUGCAUGCAGGGCGUCAACACAUUAUGGGGCAGCUUUGAGAUCAACAACGUGCGUCUGGCUAAGAUCAUGCUGACACAGUUUGCCAUGCAGAGGCUGGAGGAGAACCUGGAGCAGUACGACUUCUGGGCAGACAAGUUUGAAGAGCUGCCUCUCUACUUUAUGACUUUUCAUGGGCAGCAGAACAUCAAGUCAGUGCUGGACACCAUGGAACAUGCCGUUUACCUCUAUGACAUAAACCAUGUGGUAAUUGACAACCUGCAGUUCAUGAUGGGGCAGGAAAACCUCUCAGUAGACAAGUUUGCCGUUCAGGACCACAUUGUUGGGGCAUUCAGGAAGUUUGCCACAAACUCCAGCUGCCACGUCACUCUGAUCAUUCACCCCAGGAAAGAGGAGGAUGACCGUGAAUUGCAAACAGCAUCGAUUUUUGGUUCUGCCAAGGCCAGCCAAGAAGCAGACAAUGUUCUCAUUUUACAAGAGAAGAAGCUGGUGACGUGUCCUGGCCGUAGGUCCCUACAGGUGACCAAGAACCGUUUUGAUGGAGAUGUGGGCAUCUUCCCCUUGGAUUUCCUCAAGUCCUCGCUCACCUUCUCAGCUCCUGUCAAAGGCAAACACAAGCUGCGGAAAGUGCCUUCCAAGUCAGAGGAAGAGGAGAAUGAGGGGAGUGAGGGGAGUGAGGUGGUAGUGAAGAAGGGUGAAGUCAAGAAGGAGAAGGCGGAGAAGCCAAACAAAACAACAAAGACUCGACAACUUGCUCAGAAUCCGGCUACUGGAAAGUAAACACUGCUUCAUAAUUUGUGAAUUUCUUUUCUGUUGUAUACAAUUGUAUAAAUAAAACUGUUUUAUAUGCAUAAUAUACGGUUCGAAUUAAGCUAAACAUACAGCGUAUUGUGAGAAUGCGUUGCUUGUUGUUUCUAGUCUACUGUAUUGAUUGUAAUUGCCAGUGGCAAAUACUGAUUCAGAUUACUAAAGAGUAUUUUCAUCGCACAAUGGUGUUUGGAAAGCAGAAUGUGAAAUAAUGACGGUAAAGUGUUCAUCAGCUUGUGUACAGUUUCUAAGCUUUUCUGUGAUGUACUUGUACAUUCUGUAGGACUGAACUGAACUGAAGUGUUGAUAAAAUCCUGCUCGACUUAUUAUUCAAUUUCAAAAUAUACUGUGACACAGGGAGCCGUUGUUUUCAUGGUAAUUCUUGUGUUUGAUGGUAAAAACACAAUCACAUUGUCAAAUUAAUGAGCUGCUUUUAUGAAA